GUGAAUGUUCCGGGUCAGAAACUGGACGGGAGAGGAAAUUAACUCCGGGACGAGGCGACAAAACGAGAAUGCAACCCUCUUCUACACGGAGAUGUAGCCUGUGUUUUUUACGGUAAAAAGACGAGGUUUCAAAGCGGCGGAGGUCGACGUGAGACGAGGAAGAACCAAGUGGAGAAAAAAAACAGGUGCCUACAAACUAACCAAAGUGAGACAACGACGGAGAAUAAUUCCAAUGUUCGUCGCUACCUAACGAACGUUAGCUCGGUAACGCGACUUACUUGCAGUUGGAGUUUCGGUGUUUACUGGCCUGCGAGUUUCGCCUCACUUGUGUUUCACGGUUAAUUUAGUACAGGACUGUCCCGCCGUAGCAAUCUGUUGCAUCCCCCUCCUCCCCGCUGUUUGUUUAUCGCACGGGUACGAGAUUUAUUCCCACCUCCCCCGUGAUGUUUCACUGUAUACCCCUGUGGCGGUGCAACCGUCAUGUAGAGAUGAUCGAUAAACGCCACUGCUCCCUGUUGUAUGUGCCCGAUGAGAUUUAUCGCUACGGACGGAGUUUGGAGGAGCUGUUGCUGGAUGCCAACCAACUCCGGGACUUGCCCAAGCCAUUUUUCCAGCUGGUGAAACUAAGAAAACUUGGCCUGAGUGACAAUGAGAUCCAGAGACUUCCACCAGAGAUAGCCAACUUCAUGCAGCUGGUAGAACUGGAUGUCUCUCGAAAUGAUAUUAUGGAAAUUCCAGAGAGCAUUUCAUACUGCAAAGACCUCCAAGUGGCAGAUUUCAGUGGAAAUCCAAUAACAAGGUUACCAGAAAGCUUUCCAGAACUACGGAAUCUAACAUGCCUAUCCAUCAAUGAUAUUUCAUUGCAAGUUCUUCCAGAUAACAUUGGAAACCUUUCCAAUUUGGCAUCACUAGAACUCAGAGAAAAUCUGCUGACAUUCCUCCCAGAGUCACUAUCUAUGCUUCAUAGACUUGAAGAACUCGACCUAGGAAAUAAUGAACUAUACGAUUUGCCAGAGUCAAUAGGCUGUCUUGUCAGUUUAAAGGACUUGUGGCUGGAUGGAAACCAACUGGCCAAAAUACCUGCAGAGAUAGGCAGUAUGAAAAGCCUGUUGUGUCUGGAUGUAUCAGAAAACAAAAUGGAGCGUCUUCCAGAGGAGUUAGGUGGCUUGGUGUCGCUCACUGACCUGCUGGUGUCUCAGAACCUCAUUGAUGCUCUACCAGAAAGCAUUGGAAAACUACGGAAACUUUCUAUAUUGAAAGCUGAUCAGAAUAGGCUAACUUAUCUUCCAGAGAGCAUUGGCAACUGUGAAAGCCUUACUGAACUUGUGCUCACAGAGAACCAGCUACAGAGUUUGCCUAGGAGUGUUGGGAAAUUGAAGCGACUUUCCAACUUCAACUGUGACAGAAAUCAGCUAACUUCAUUACCUAAGGAGAUCGGGGGCUGCAGCGGUCUGAAUGUCUUCUGUGUACGAGAGAACAGACUGACGAGGAUACCGUCAGAGCUGUCACAAGCCACAGAACUGCAUGUGCUGGAUGUCUCUGGAAAUAGGCUCACCCACUUACCGAUGUCGCUGACCACACUACGACUGAAGGCCCUAUGGUUGUCAGAAAACCAGUCGCAGCCUCUCCUCACCUUUCAGACCGACGAGGAUCCUGUCUCAGGCGAGAAGGUGCUCACCUGCGUGCUGCUGCCUCAACAGCCAUGUGAAUCAGACAAUAAAGGCUCUGAUAAUCUUGCCCGCUGUGGAGCCCUGGAGAGCCUGGUGAAUGAGAUGGCAGAUGACACGUGGGACAACAAAGCCGUGAACAGGAUCAGUGCCAUUCACUUCCUGGAUGAGGAUGAUGAGGAGGAGGAUGACGACAAGGGAACACUACUUCGACGGGCCACGCCUCACCCCGGUGAGCUGAAAACAAUGAAGAAAGCAGCCGAGAACCUCCGCAACGACCUGAACGCUGCCAAAGGCCUGGACUCCAACAAAAACGAGGUCAAUAAUGCUGCAGACAGAGUGACCACGUCUGUGUGACAUUUACCUCAGAAAUGUUUUUUUACCUCCUGUCUCUCGCCGUGUCAUCCCGCACAACCCCGCAGCCCCCCUUUUUUCUUUUACCUACGAACCCCGGUGUGGCCUACUCCUCCUCUGAUUAAACCCUGGGACGCCUGUAACCUUACUCCAUCUCCAGUCCUGUGUAAAACGUGUUUGACGCAGUCUAUCAGGGCCGCUGUGCCUUCCUCUUUUUAAUUAAUGUCCACAGCAAUAAUCUGCACAGAGAAGCUCAUUUUUAAAAUAUAUUUUAGAGAUUUAUUACUUUUAUAAAUGCCUCUUUUUAAAAAUAUUCAUUAGGUAGUUGCACUAUUAUAAGUCUUUACGAUAUGGUCAAACCUUUGUAAAUGUAUUAUAUAUUUGUUCUAUAUCUAUUUUCAAAACACUGGGUGAAUACUUCUUUUUACAUUUUGGGCAAACACAAAAGCAGGAGUUUUUGGACCUACUGAUUAAAGAUUAUUGUAUAGUCUCUUGUGAAUAUUGAUACUUUUAUACUUUUUGGCAGCUCAGAUGUAAAUAAAAAUGUAUAGCAAAUUUCUUAAACAGUUGCAGAUAUUUUAACUUUUUUUUCUUGGUACUUUUUCUUCUUUCUUUUUUUACAUCAAAGCAAUGAACAAAACACAGUCACUAAUGUCUUAUUUAAUCCUUAUAAUUGUCAUUGGGCGAGUGGAUGGCCUUGAAUCCUGUAAAACAUCUAGACCUAUUUUUGGAUAAGAAAUAGAUUUGAUUAAUUAAUUAAGUUUGGAUUUAAGUACUGCACAUCAAACCUUAAUUACUCAUUUACAAUCUAAUUAUGCAGAAGUAACAAUGCUGUCUUAUUUAUAUGUGCUGUGCUUCACUGCUUUGCAAUGUUUUUCAAAUAGAUGCCAAAAACAGCUGUAUUUUAAAAACAAGUUUUCUUUCCCUUUUAACAAAGAGUACUGUAUAGAAUAAUCAUCAGAGGUUUGGUUCGUACCACAAGGAUGGCAUCCUUUAAAAAUGCAGUUGUUAGAAGUUCCACUUUAAUGCACUUCUCAGCGUUUCUCAAAUUCUUUUACAUGGUACAUCAUAAAUUGUAUUAUUUUGUUUUUAAAUUGAUUGCAACAAGUGGACCAGAGAAAGUGGUUCAAGUGUUGGUUUUAUGUUUAUAAUUAUUUUCUGAUCAAACUGCACAAAACAGAUCUCGAAUUGGCACUGUGCCUGGAGAUUUGGAUGACUUUUUAACCACUGAUCAAUAAAAUGAGUGCAACACUAAA